AUGAAUCAAUGCAAUUCCGAACUGAUGAAAUUGAAAAUAAAAGCACAACUUCAAGAGCACUGUCAAAAAGCUCGUUUAUCAAUUAUGCAAGCGAUGAACAAUGGUGAUAAGAAUGACACUUUGGAAUUUGGUGCUCUAUUUAUGAACAUCAGUGAUGCCAACAUCGAGUGUUUGCUCGAAGGUAUGAUACAAAAAGAAACAAUUGUCAUGAUUUUCCUAUCCUCAUCUGUAGGACGUCCGAAUACGAAACGAAGGUCAACAAAGAAUGAUGUAAGCCUUGGACCUAUUGAACAGGCAAAUCGUAUGGCUUUAGCACCGACAAAAGCUUCGAUUCCAUAUCUUGAUUUUAAAGAAAGUUUUCCAAGAUUGCAACAAAAUAGAACGCCAUUGAAACUCCUUGCACCUGAUGAAGUACCUAUGAAUGCAAGUAUUGCAACAACAACAACCGAUACAAAUCAUAGUCGACAGCCAAGCCUUCAACCAGUCUGGUACACAGAACAAACGAUCGUUGAUGAUAUCAACGAUCAACAGCAGCAAUCGAAUUCAGCCAGAUCGUCAACUAAUCAUCGUCACGAUCUAACACGUUCAACUUUACCUACCAUUGAAAGUAAUAGCCCAGAAAUCGAAGAUGAAAUUAUUGAAAAAGAACCUCUCUCAGCAAAACCAUCCCUUAUGCGUAAAUCAUCGACGUUCACAAUUGAACAACAAUCAUCAAUUAAUAGUCCAUCAUCGUUGAAUGAAUCAGAAAAAGAAAACAAUUUCGAUGUUAUGAUCACCUCAACACAACAAGAAUCGAAGAAGUCAAUAUGUCAUCCCAACGAACCAUCGGAAGAAUCUUUUCGUGCUCUUGAACAUCUCUUAGGUCUUGGUUCAGCAAAUACAAAUCUAACGAUGACAACUAUGACACAAGACUCACCGAAAAGUAAUCAUGAAUCGUUGUCACUAACCAUCGUUACCCCAACGGAAUUGAUCAAUCAGACAGGUGCAUCAUUACAUUUAAGUUAUGCACCAGCAGGUGGUGGAGGAGGUAGUUUGCCAUCGUCCCAAAACAUUCUUGUCAUGCCAACAAUUGAAAGUAUAACUGAUCCAAGUAUAAACUCUACCAUUCCACCGCCGUUUGACGUUGAUAAUAGUGAAAUCGAAGAGCCGUCAUCGGCAUGUGGAACAGUUAUCAAUCCUGACACUUCGAAAUGUACUGAAGAUUCGUUUCAUUUUACUGAUGAAGAUGAUGAGGAGAGAAUAGAAACGCCGAAAGAUAAUACAAACACAGAAGACGAUGAUGACGACGAUCAGAACGAUUUUUCUUUGGAAUUAAAUGAUUUUCCAAAUAAUUCGAAAGAUACUGUGAAUGAAUCAGUAGUUCAAGCACCUCCGAUGAUUACGAUUCGUGCACCGACAAGUACUGAUGUUGCCUAUCGAGCUUUGAUCAAAACCCGAGCCGGUGGAAGAAUAUCUCAACCGAUCAAAACUCAAUCACCAUUAGCAAAAUCAGAUCCAAUCAAAGUGACAGUGCGAUCAUCUGUACCUGUAUCAUCGCCAACACGAACAUCCCGUGUGCUUCGUUCAAGCACUCGUCGAAUGUCAACUGAUCCUGUUGCUGAAAAAUCUACUACACAAGAAAUCAAUGAGUCAAAUGUGACAUCCGACGAUAAAUGUUUUGCUAAUGAAGAUCAAACUACUGAUGAUUAUCCUCGUAUUGAACUUGUCGAAGUUGUCAGUGUGUCUGAAGAUGACGAAGUCGAACAAGAACAAGCUGCUGGCAUUACUCUUAACCUUACUGAAACAAAAGAGAUUGAUUCGUCAUCAACAACAAGUGCAGAGGAAGCUGAUUGUAGUGCUUCGUCAUCGUGCGCAUCGUUUAUCUCCCCUCAAGUGAAUAUUGGCACACCAGCAGAUGCUAAAAAGCCUGUUCUAUCACGGGAGUUUACGUACGACAGUCCAGCAUUAAGAAAGACUCGCUCUUUACAACAUCGUUCCAUUCUACUCAAUCGACCAAGUUCUUCACGUUCAAAUCAUUCAUUAAUUCCUCCCAUACCUGAACAACAAGUUACCAAUAGCGAAGAAGAACAAGAUCUUAGCACUUAUUCUAUACCAUUAUCAGAAUCUAAAAUUUUGUUAACAACUCUUUCUACGAAUCCAACAACUAUGAGCGAAGCACCACCGAUGAUCCUACAAAAAUCUCUAGCAGGCUCGGCUUCACCAUCACCAAACCCUACGCCAGUGAUCACUAUUCGUCAAAGUGAAUGUUUAUCGUCAGCUCUAUCACCUCGCCGUAGUAUUAAUCCUCUCCAUUCGUCCACACCAUCAACUAGAAGUAAAUCGUUGCAAAUGGUUUCACUUGGUGAACAAGAGCAACUUUCAACGACAGUGCCACAGCAUUUACAAAUUGACUUAACUGCAGAAGAUGUUGAAAUGCUCGAUAACGAACAACAAGUAGACAUUCCUGUUUAUCAGGUUGCCGAGGAAGGUAUUCAAACGUCUCCAAUCCAACCACCUCGUCGAAUCGAUGUCAGUGCUCAAACUACACCAAGCCUGAAUCCAUUAUCUCGGCGUUGUUUUCAAGCAAUGGAACAGCAAACGACACCGAUUGCGAAGCGUUCAUCUUCAUCGGCAAGUUGCCAAACGACUCCGAUUCCUAUUCAAAUUAAACAAACAAGUCCAAUGGCGCCCCAUGUACCAUCAGUAGUAUCGAGUAUGAUCAUAGAGGAACGUGAAGAACAACAACAACAACAGCAGCAAGUCACACCAUUGCAUAGCAAAGCCAUUGUACAUUUAAGACGAAACGUUCGCUUUCAAUUUACACCUUCAACUGAUGCUCGUUUAGCUGCCAAAGAAAAGUUAGAAGAAGAACAACGACGUCAGGUGAAACUAGAUAUAGUUAUUGAUCCGAUCAACCCGAUUCCAUCGGAUAAUGAACGUGAAGAGGAUACCGAAGAUGAAUCCAUCAAAGCGAAAAAGAAAAUCGCCACGUCGAAAAAGAAAAAAGUGUCUGCUCCAUCGACAAAAACAGAUGAUAGUUCAGAAGAAACGAAUGAAUCACCAGUACUUCGAACAACUCGUCAUCAGCAUUUAAAAGAGUCACAAAAUAAUGAACAAACAACAAAAUCCAACGAACCGGAUGUACCAUCAACAGCACAUACAAAGAAAAAAUCAUCGAAACGAUCGGGUCGUAAGGAAAAACCAUCGUCACCUGUUAAAGAACUAUCCGAAGUCGAACCAGAAAUUAUCGUUGUAAGUCCAUCUCCACCACCUACAGCAAAACGUGCUGGCCGAAAACGAGCAAAUCCUAAAACAUCGACCACAUCUCCACCAGAAACAAUAAGUCCACCUGAACAAGCCAUGAAACGAGCCAAAACUACAACAAAAACCAAUGAAACCAAGCCACUUGCUCCAGUUCCAUCACCCGAAGUGCCGUCAACACGUGCUCGUUCCAAAACUCCUGUUAUGACGAAUGUGAAUCUGAAAUCGGCAUCACCGACCGAAUCAACUGAGCCAUCAUCUUCAACGAAAAAAACGAAAAAAGGUCCAUCAGAAUCAAGUCCGGUUGAAACUACUAGUAAACGUAAACAUCCCACUUCAGCAAGUAAAAAGAGCAAACGUCGAUUGCACAGUGUUGAACAAGACGAAGGAUUGAAUACAGCUGAUGAAGAAGAAACAGUUCAUACGCUUGCUGCUCCCAUAGAAAUAGCAUCGAUUGAAUUGAGUCAAGAAGAACGAGAAAAGAUUGAAGGAUUAACUGUUGCCGAGCUCAAAACGCGUUUAACUGCUCAUCAUGAAACUUUGCCCAAAGGUGCUCGAAAAGCCGAUCUUGUUGCGUUGCUUAUCAAAAUCGAGACGAAUUUGCUCAAAGAACAGAAAGAAGCUGAAGCUAAAUCAACGGUCAGUACUGCUAUUGAACCUCCAACUCGAAAAACACGUCGAAAGAAAUAA